GAGGCGGAAAAUUUCGAAUGUGGCGGCGGUAGUUCCAGGCUACGGGGGACGGUGGUACGAUCCUGGAGGGGCCAGGUGGCGGGGCUCGCGCGUGGCGGGAGAGCUUCGAGAGCCUUGAAAUGUGAGGAGGAGGAAGAUAGCUGUUGCAGAAGUAGUGGCCAAGGUAUCGUUCUGGACGCGCCUGCGGCAGGAGGGUCGCCGCGUCCACUUCCGCCAACCCCACCUCCCCUCGGCCUUCCUGGAGUCCCGGAAAGAGGAAGAAGUAGGUUUUAAGGCAAAAGAUGGCCAAGGAAAGAUGCCUGAAAAAGUCCUUUCAAGAUAGUCUUGAAGACAUAAAGAAGCGUAUGAAAGAGAAAAGGAAUAAAAACUUGGCAGAGAUUGGCAAACGCAGGUCUUUUAUAGCUGCACCAUGCCAAAUAAUCACCAACACUUCUACACUGCUGAAAAAUUACCAAGACAACAACAAAAUGUUAGUUUUAGCUUUGGAAAAUGAGAAAUCCAAAGUGAGAGAAGCCCAAGAUAUCAUCCUACAGCUGAGAAAAGAAUGUUACUAUCUCACAUGUCAGCUAUAUGCAUUGAAAGGAAAACUUACAUCACAACAAACAGAAGAAACUGCUCAGAACCAGGAAAUAUCGUCCUCUGGAAUGGACCCCAAUAGUGAUGACAGCUCCAGAAAUUUAUUUGUGAAGGAUUUACCGCAAAUUCCUCUUGAAGAAAGUGAACUUCCAGGACAAGGAGAAUCAUUUCAAACAGAAGAUCAGAUACCUACUAUUCCUCAAGACACACUGGGAGUUGAUUUUGAUUCAGGUGAAGCUGAGUCCACUGAUAAUGUGUUACCUAGAACUGUAUCUGUCCGUAGCAGUUUAAAGAAACAUUGUAACAGUGUAUGUCAGUUUGAUAGCUUGGAUGAUUUUGAAACCAGUCAUUUGGCAGGGAAGUCUUUUGAAUUCGAAAGAUUUGGCUUUUUAGACCCACUAGUAAACAUGCACAGACCUGAAAAUGUACAACACAAUGCUUGUCAAUGGAGCAAGGACCAAGUUAACUUAUCACCAAAGCUGAUUCAGCCAGGAACGUUUACUAAAACAAAAGAAGAAAUUUUAGAAUGUAAAUCUGAACAAACUAAAAGUAAGCAACGAGAUACACAAGAAAGAAAAAGAGAAGAGAAAAGAAAAGCUAACAGGAGAAAAUCAAAACGUAUGUCAAAAUAUAAAGAGAAUAAAAGCGAAAAUAAAAAAACUGUUUCCAAAAAAAAAAUGCACAAAUCUGUCAGUUCCAAUGAUGCUUACAAUUUUAAUUUGGAAGAGGGUGUUCAUCUUACUCCUUUCCGACAAAAAAUGAGCAAUGACUCUAAAAGAGAAGAAAACAACGAGUCUGAAGUGAGCCUCUGUGAAUUGAGUGGUUCAGGAGAUGAUUCCGAUGACCUCUAUUUGCCCACUUGCAAGUACAUUCAGAAUCCCACCAACGAUUCAUAUAGAAGACCAGUUACCAGGCCUCUAGCUAAAAGAGCACUGAAAUAUACAGAUGAAAAAGAGACAGAGGGUUCUAAGCCAACAAAAACUCCUACUAGUACACUACCUGAAACUCACCAGUCACCUCAUCUUACCCUGAAAGAUAUCACCAAUGUCUCCUUGUAUCCUGUUGUGAAAAUCAGAAGACGUUCUCUUUCUCCAAAAAAGAAUAAAGCAAGUCCAGCAGUGGCUCUACCUAAACGUAGGUGCACAGCCAGCGUGAACUAUAAGGAGCCCACCCUCGCUUCGAAACUGAGAAGAGGGGACCCUUUUACAGAUUUGUGUUUUUUGAAUUCUCCUAUUUUCAAGCAGAAAAAGGAUUUGAGACAUUCUAAAAAAAGUAUGAAACAAAUACAAUGAAGGUUUUAUUGGAUAUUGUUUAAAUUCAAUCUACACCUCUUUCUGUUGCUUCAGGAGAGGAUCUGUAAGAAUACACAAACGGAGUGAGCCAUUGCCAUAGAAUAUUCUCUUGACAGGACCGUAGCUCAUAAACAUUUCUUCAGAACUAUACUUCAAAUGGGAUGCUUUGUAUUAAAACUUUAAUAAAUUUAUUUUUUCUUUUGAAUAUAAAUGAGCUUAAGCAUUAUCAUCAUAUCGAUUUCUUAUGCUGCCUAAACCUCUUAAUUUUAGUCGAAAUAUAUCUUUUUUUUUUUUUUGGAGGCAGAAUUUCAUUCUUGUUGCCAGGCUGGAGUGCAAUGGCGCAAUCUCAGCUCACCGCAACCUCCGCCUCCCAGGUUCAAGGGAUUCUCCUGCCUCAGACUCCCGAGUAGCUGGGACUACAGGCAUAUGUCACUACGCCCAGCUAAUUUUGUAUUUUUAGUAGAGACAAGUUUUCUCCAUGUUGGUCAGGUUGGUCUUGAACUCCCAACCUCAGGUGAUCUGCCCGCCUCGGACUCCCAAACUGCUGAUUACUGAGCCACUGCGCCCAGCCCAAAAUGUAUCUUAUACAAACAUUGUAGAAAUGAAUGAUGAUUACUCACAUUAAGAUCUUUUAAUUAUAA